GUGGCGCCAACGGCUCCUGGCGACGCAACACCAGGGUUCACGCUGCCGGCCUCGCCGACAGCUCCGGCCGCGCGCCAAACGGCACUGCGACCGUGGCCGCGCAUUGGCGACCGAUUUGCUGCACUGGCCGAGGCCCUGCGCAAUGCGCCUGCCGUGGUGCCGUCCGACCUCGCCCGCCUGAUCAAUGCCGAAUUGGAAUGUGAUGAACACACUUUGACCUCACGGGCGGUCGCGGACGCGGCAAUGACCGUAGCAGCGCUGGCAACACUCCCCCCCCACCCGCUCUCUCUCGCACAGGCCAUUGAGCUCAGUAUGGAUUCGGAGGGGUACUUGUCCGCUGCUGCCCAGGCAGCCCUCUUCCACCUAGCCGUGGCAACUGCCGAGUGCAAGACGUUCCAAGCUGCGGAAGCGCAUCCGCUGAUGGAGACCCAGGCACGCCAUCCGCUCCCUACACUGCAGGACGUGCCCCCAAUCUUACAGGCCGCCGUGCGGGGCGCGUUGGUGCAGGCGCUCGAGCGCUUGCGGGCGGAACGCAGCGAGGGCGCAGCCACCGGCACAGGCAGCUCGAGGGCUUGGAAACUCUUCAUACUGGCGCCGCGGAUGCUGCUGGCGCGCACGGCUCUACAAGGCCCGCAGGGCCGAGCAGAGCUCUUGGGACGAGCGACCGCAUUCCAGCGCGGCGAGUGGCUCCAACUGCUGCAAUCCGCGCGCCGGGCGUGCGACCCGGCACGGGACGCUCCCGCCCUACCUCCCGACGAGGUUUGCGAACGCAAGCGACGCCAAGCAUGCGCUAAAGUUCAGUGGGGCGAAGUUUCGAGAGCGCGCCAGGUGCUGACCGCAGCAGAGCUCGCGCCAGGCAAUGAGGCUACUUGGGCCGCACUGACCGACCGCAACACGUCGCCCUCCCGUGCCGCGAACCGAGGUUUCGCCGGAGCUGCUCUCGCACCAGCCGGCCCAGCCAGUCCACCUCAGCGAGCGCCCGGCCUUUCCGGCAUGCGGGCGGAGCAUCUGAAGCUCCUGUUGCAGGACGUCAAUGCCAUCGAGCUUCUUGCCGAAGCGGCCACGCAACUGGCGCAGGCACGUGUCCCCGCAGACAUCCCCCCUGCGCUCGCAAUGGCACGCCUCACAGCAUUGCGCAAGCCAGACGGCGGCGUGCGGGGCAUAGCAACAGGCGAC